CGAAUAUGUAACGUGUUUAAACAGAUAUAACCAUUUUUCUGAAAAUGAAGCGUGUAAAGUUUAAAAUGGAAAUAGGAGUAAAAUACAUUAAAUGACAGGAUGUUUUAGGAUUAAAGAUGGGAUGAACAAACUAUCAAAAAUGAUUACUGAAGAAGAAGAACAUUUUCUAAGAGCAUCUAUAUUGCUGCUUAAGGGUGGGCGAUUAAUGUCAAAAGAAAUUUUGAACAGAGACUUGCAGAAAGCCGGGGGAAAUCUUGAUACAAUUCUAAAACAGUACAAAAAAAAAUUCAAGCACAUAUUUUUAAAAAAACAGUAUCAGAAGUUGUUUCCACCAGCUGGAGGAACUAACGUAGAUACUUGGGAUUUAGCUUUGCUUGUUACAGUACCACUGAAGGUGUUUAAGCAAUCACUUACCGACGAUGAAAGAAAGGCCUUGCAAUCUUUAAAGUAUAUGAGGGAUGAGGUUUACGGCCAUACUCUUUCUUCGUCCCUACGUGUCGAUGAAUAUAAAGAAAUCCGGGAAAAGAUAGAAAACGCACUUACAUCACUUUCGAAUGGGUUAAGCGACAAUCUGAAAGACGACUGCAGUAAGGUUAUUUAUGAAUGCACAAAAGAAACUAUCAGCCCAUCAUUAAAGGUGGAACUUACAAAACUGCUUGAAGACUCAGAGGAUUUGUUUCAGGCUAUUAUGAACAAACUCAGAAACCAGAACGAAUUUCUUUCCGAAAUGAAAAAAGAAAUAAUGGACAGACUAGACAAAAUAAGUGGAGACCGAAGUGAAAAGAUUAUAAAAGUGAUAGAUACUGAGCUAACGUUGAGUGGAGCAGUCGGUAAAAGCAAGGACAUAGAUUUUGCUGAAGGAAUCAUCACAACGAUUAUUAAUAAAGCAGUAAAGAAAGUCGGAAACGAAUAUGACUAUCCGAGAAUUCGCAACGUUGUUGACAAGAUUCUUAAAGACAUUGAAAGCAUGCCUGAUGUGGAAAUACUAUCAGCAGAACCCAAAUGCAUACUUCUUAAAUUUAAAUGUACCACUUAUAUAGGUAUAUCAAACAUGCUGAUGUAUUUGGAGAGCAGAAGCUUCCUUGAUUCUCUAAAUGAUCUUGCCCUUGCACUGAGUUCCACUUUUCCUAAUGUGGGCGGUCAGUUAAGACUGGAUGUGAUAGUUACACCAGAGUGUAUGAAGAAUCUGCUAGAUGAACUAAGAGUGAAAACAAUGGAAACCACAAUAUAUGAACGCACCAUACGAGUGCCAAUAAAGGUUAAAUCAGUACAAGGAAUUGAACACAUAUGGUCUCUGUUUGAAACCGGCAAAGCUACAAAUAGAUUGAAUGAAUUGUCAGAAGCUGUAUUCGAUGAGUUAAAUACAAAAAUAACAGUUACAUCUUCUGUAAAUUUAGAGCAUGUACAGGCAGCCAUUAAGGAAGCAGGUAUAUAA